GAUUAGUUGACGUACGUCAGAAAAUUCCGCUUGAUUUCGACGGGAGCGCGUUCAAAUUUAUUGGGGAAUCAAAUUUUUAGUACAAUUAAAAAUAUGGCCCAAGCUUUCGUCACCAUUUAUAAGAAUGAUUAUCAAAAUAGACCGCAACCGGUCCAGCCCAUUAUUAAUCCGGAGAAAACUUAUCCAGAAUGUUACGGACGCGAAGAUUAUUGGUACAACAUGAAAACCAAAAGUGAUUACGACUAUGUGAAAAUGGAGCAAGCCGUACGUAAUCAAAAUAUAAAAAGAUAUUCCACAACAACAUAUAGGUAUGAUUAUUGCAGAGACUGGUCACCGCCUGUAAUUGGCGAAGACACGAAGAAAGAAUCAUUGGGCGCGUUUAAGUUACUGGACUCGUUUAGGCCAGUUUAUCAAAAAGAUAAAAGUAAAAUUAAGAUUAUGCGACCGCUGCAAACGUCUAGGGAUCUAUUGGGCUUUUUUCCUAAAGCUGAUAUGUACACUCCGAUGACAACGUUCCGAGAACACUACGGAAUGUUCGGAUUUAAGCGUUUGGAAGAAGCAGAUUUGCGAAAAAAAGCCAUCGAAGAAAAAAAAGCCAUGGAAGAAAAAAAAUCUUCGACAGUACAGCCAGAUUGCAAAUAAAUCAAU